AUUAAUUCACCUCAAGCAACAAAAGCACAUCUUCAUAUCCAUAAAAAAGGCAAACGUGGAUCCGCAAACGCCCCCUAAAUAUUCAUUCAUUUUUCUUCUCUCUCUCUCUCUAUCUCCGUUCAGUCUUUUGCUCUAUAAAGUUUAAGGUAAGAAGAGCAAUUAAUUCAUCUCAAGCAACAAAAGCACAUCUUCAUAUCCAUAAAAAAGGCAAACGUGGAUCCGCAAACGCCCCCUAAAUAUUCAUUCAUUUUUCUUCUCUCUCUCUCUCUCUCCGUUCAGUCUUUUGCUCUAUUAAGUUUAAGGUAAGAAGAAGAGCAAUUAAUUCAUCUCAACCAACAAAAGCACAUCUUCAUAUCUAUCAAAAAGGCAGUCUUCAAUGGCUGCUCAUUUUCCUUUGCUUCAUGCCCCACCAUCUCUCUCCGCCAAAACUCUUCAUUUCUACAGGUCCAAACCCACUACCCCAUCUUUCUCUUCAUACCCCAAAAGACGUAAAGGUUUGUAUGGUUUAUCUACAAUCAUAUGCUCUUCUUCCAAUGGUCGAGACCCUAAUUCAGUGGACAGUGGAGUCAAAAGCGUUGAGAAGCUACUGGAAGAGAAACGCCGUACCGAGUUGUCUGCUCGGAUUACCUCUGGAGAAUUUACUGUGGAGCAAUCUGGUUUUCCAUCUGGAGCAAAGAAGAGUUUGUUGAAGUUGGGGGUUCCUAGUGAGAUUCUGGAAUUUUUAUUUAGUUGGGUUGAUGCCCAUGAAGAUUGUCCAAAGAUUCCGGAGGCAAAAGGAGCAAUUAGUUCCAUUCGGAGUGAAGCCUUUUUCAUCCCCUUGUAUGAGCUUUUCCUGACAUAUGGAGGAGUUUUCCGGUUGAAUUUUGGACCAAAGUCAUUUCUUAUAGUUUCGGAUCCUACUAUUGCAAAACAUAUAUUGAGGGAAAACUCAAAGGCUUAUUCAAAGGGUAUCUUGGCUGAAAUUCUAGAAUUUGUAAUGGGGACGGGGCUCAUCCCAGCUGACGGGGAGGUAUGGCGUAUUCGACGACGUACUAUAGUUCCAGCAUUGCAUCAGAAGUAUGUAGCUGCUAUGAUUAGUCUUUUUGGACAAGCUACAGAUAGGCUAUGUAAGAAGCUAGAUGCUGCUGCAUCUGAUGGGGAAGAUGUAGAGAUGGAGUCACUUUUCUCCCGUUUGACAUUGGACAUCAUUGGCAAGGCAGUAUUUAACUACGAUUUUGAUUCAUUAACCAAUGAUACCGGGAUAGUUGAGGCUGUUUACACUGUCCUGAGAGAAGCAGAAGAUCGGAGUGUUUCUCCAAUUCCAUUCUGGGAGAUCCCAAUAUGGAAAGACAUUUCACCCCGGCAAAAAAGGGUUUCCGCAGCCCUCAAAUUGAUUAAUGAUAUACUCGAUGAUUUGAUUGCAAUAUGCAAGAGGAUGGUAGAUGAAGAAGAGCUACAGUUUCACGAGGAAUAUGUGAAUGAACAAGAUCCUAGUAUUCUCCACUUCCUUUUGGCGUCAGGAGAUGAUGUUUCUAGCAAGCAACUUCGUGAUGACUUGAUGACGAUGCUUAUAGCUGGGCAUGAAACAUCAGCCGCAGUAUUGACAUGGACCUUUUAUCUUCUCUCCAAGGAACCUAGUGUCGUGUCCAAGCUUCAAGAGGAGGUUGAUUCUAUCCUAGGAGAUCGGUUUCCAACAAUUGAAGAUAUGAAGAAACUCAAGUAUGCAACUCGAGUAAUCAACGAAUCCUUGAGGCUUUAUCCACAACCACCUGUAUUAAUUCGUCGUUCACUUGAGAAUGAUGUGCUUGGAGGGUACCCCAUAAAAAGGGGUGAGGAUAUCUUUAUUUCUGUUUGGAACUUGCAUCGAAGUCCAAAACUUUGGGAUGAUGUAGAAAAGUUUAAGCCUGAAAGAUGGCCUUUAGAUGGACCCAAUCCAAAUGAAACAAACCAAAACUUCAGGUACAACUAUACCUUAACAUGUCAAUAUAAAGAGGAGCAACUUAAUUUUUGGUGAUGAAAAUUCUGAGAUGUGAUGCAUCCCUCUUGGGUAUGAUACUUAUCCGUCGUUUGGGAGGAGGAAACUAGGUUUAUCUAUGUUCUUUCCCAUGGUUACUUUUCUAAUUGCUGCCUUCUGUAUUCUGAUCCUUAUUCAAAGUUUCCCAGCCAAAAAACAAAUGAGUUCCAUAAUUCAAAGAUCACCUAAAUAUCUAAAUUAAUACAGAUCCACAACUGAUUGUUACUUCUCCCUAAACCAGCCCCAAAAUAUUAAAUCUUUAGUGGUUAGGCCAAGCAAGACCCGCUUCGGAUUUUUUCAAAGCUCAGUGUUGUUCAUCUUUUCUCUUCCUUUUGAUUAAGAAUUUGUCUUGCUGAAUUUUUAUACUAAUUGCAUUUGGAAAAUGAAACUACGGUCAAAGAAUGCUUAUUGCUUCCUUUCGGGGGAAGGUGAGCCCUAGCGCUGGUUCUUGCUUAAAAUUUAUUUCCACUCCAUGUGUAUUUCUACUUGUUCCACUCUGGGGCCCUUUUUCUCAAAUGUUACUUUUUCUAUAUAUGUAUAUUA